AUGGCUUGUGGGCAGCAGAAGAUUCAGUCUCAGCAGAAAAAUGCCAAAAAGCAAGCUGGACAAAAGAAGAAACAAAGAUAUGACCAAAAGGCUGCUGCCAAAGCUGCUUUAAUAUAUACCUGCACUGUCUGUAGGACACAAAUGCCAGAUCCUAAGACCUUUAAGCAGCACUUUGAGAGCAAACAUCCCAGGACUCCACUUCCUCCAGAACUGGCUGAUGUUCAAGUAUAA